GACAUUGCCAUUGGCAAGGACAUCGACAAUGUGCUCCAACCUGCGGGAAUGGGCAAAUAGGUGUUGCUCGGAAGAUGAGAGCAGCAUCGGCGACAACGAGAUUGCGAGACGAGCUAGUUGGGAUGAAGAAGAGCAGCGCGAGACGCAUAUGACACAGGACGAUGGCAAGAGCAAAGAGCAAGACAGCAAGAAAGGCCAACACGUGACGAUAAUGAAGAUCCCCAGAGAGCGCAGGCCCACAAAGACGUCUCGGUCACAGUAAAGGUCAACAACGUGCAUCGAGAAUGCGAAAGCCGCGAUCCAUAUUCCCACUUCAUGUCGUUGCUCUUCUCGCUGCCACCGGAUAAAGUGUAGGCCAUGAUAGGCCUCUACAACGGCAGAAGCACAAACGCAACAAGUGUCAAACUUCGGCAGCACGUAUCCGCAAUACGUCACCCUUGGCGAGUAGCCACAGAUUCCGGACUUCGCUUCUUUUAAGAACGACCUCACCUUCUAGAAGCUCGGCGUCGAUAAUGCGAGCUUUAUUGCUGCUGCUUCGUCUGCCCUGCCCUGUCAACCACUUUACACAGCAACCGACUUUUGGCUGAUCACUUGACAAGCGGUCGAUUUGUGAAUCUGACGAGUGUUCGAUGUGGACUUCAAGACGCCCUGGGAUUUCAAAACUAGCCGGUAUAUUGUGCUCAAUGGAAACGGAAACCUCCCGCCCAGGAGUAAGGGUAAAUAUACGGUCAUUCGAAACUGCAAGGCAGGCCGAUGGCGAUGUGCCUGGUGUCAGUCCAGAGUCGCUGUUCGAGAUAAUAUCGCUGUCAGGCUUGUCCCGCCCCACGCCGCUGUUUGCAACGACUAAAUUCCUUCUAUUCAUCGAGGAUCGUGCUGAGCACGCGGAAGAGCUCGAAGAGAGAGAUGAGUUUGCGCCUGAUAGAAUGAUUGCGCCUUCCACAUUUUCGCAUCGAUUCUCGCUAUUGAGCGUCGAUUUUGACCUGGGCAGUGUCAAAAGAGUACUCUCGUUUGGAUCCAGGAAGACUGUCUUGGCCCGUCGAGAAAUCAGCAAUGCCAGACUAUCCUCAAUUUGCUGCUGGAGCCGAUCAUUGAAAUGUUGUCUUUCUCUCCCUAUAUCUGUGUUUGGCAACCGCCAUCCAGGAUAUAGCUUGCCAUGGCACCUUGGCGUGUGAAACUUCCCAUGCAUGACUAUAAAGGUGUUGCAUAGGAAACAAGCAUCCUUACUAGAACAGAUGACUCUAGGCGGAGGAAGGAAACUCUCUAGCUCGCAGUAGAAUAUAAGUUGCAUCUCAGCGUGAAUUCUUGAAGUUUUCAAGGACUUCAAUGUUUGGUCCACAAAUUGGCUGUUCGCUUGUCGUUCCUCGAGCCCUAGAAUUUGACAAAUGUUCUUUAUGUCGUAUCGUCCGCCAUAACGGUCUCUGAACCUCGAUACUACCCUUGGUAGAUUCGGUUCUCCUAGGGUGACCGAAGUCUUGCGGAAAAAAUCCUUCGGCAAGCGUACAGGCACAACUUUAGUUCGUCGAAGAGCUGAAUGUUUAGCAGCUACUUGACAGAGGAACAUGGCAACUCCACGAUAGCGCCCAACUUUUCCAAUGAUGUUCAGCAGGCUUUUUCGCGCACAAGGGUCCAUGCUCUUGUACGAAAUCGCGUGCAGAAGGUCACUAAGCCCAGGAACUCUCGAGAGAUCAUAAAAGCCAGUGACCAGCUCUCCCAAACGCUCGGGUGUCUGAUGCGCACUCCAGGCUGCAAUCUUCUUCAUCACGUCUCUGGUUUGUUCGAGAUAAAUCCUAGCACUAGCAGGAGGUGGUUGAAGCUGUUUGAUAGCGUCGAGGCUAUCUUGAAGUACCUUACGUAUUGAGGGUUGGAUCCUUUUCCGGUGAUUCGGAGUAAAUCGCAGUCGGCACUGUAUACGUCGACUACACAUUUUUAUAAUCGCCGGAAAUACGUUGCCGUCUGUGGCCGAGGAAAGUGAAUGAAAUAUGCCUUGAAAUCCUUUCGCCAGCUCUCCGAGCACGAGUUCUCCAUCGGCCCACUUCGCUUUGUUGACAGCAAUGAGGACAUGCAGCGAUCUCGAGGUAGGGACUUCUUUGAGACAUACGGCCGGGAUAUGAUCUGGUCCAUCUUUGGUGCCCGCUAGGAAGGCGAGUGCACUUGCCAAAAGGCGCUCUGUUUCGAAAGGAAGACUGUAGCCUGGAUAGGAUUGCGAUUUGAGCUCUACUCCGUUCCCCAAGGGUCGAGAGGGAACUUGGUGUAGCAGAUGAAGU